AUGGCCCAGACUGAAGUAACUCCGCGUCGAUUGCUACCCGAUGAUGAGGUUUAUCGGCAAGUCUUUGAUGCAGAGGUCAGUAGUCCGUUGUUGUUUUAAGUGAAUGAAGCUUAUUUCGUUCUUCUUCACUGCAGUCGAUCGGCAUUUAGGUAACGGUGAAAUUUGUUAUUUCUUUCGUCGCUAUAUACGACCUAUUUACGAAGCCAAAUCGUUGAUCAAUAUUCAACAUAUUUUUACCAACUGCAGGGUAGCCGUUAGCUCAUACUUAACUUAAUAGCGCGCUGCUUGUGUAUUCACCUUGUGGAAUAUCCAAAUUUCAACAUUUUCUUACAAUUACAUGGUAAGACACCUCUGGCGCGAGUUAUGAUAGACUGCGAAUUUCAGACUGUAAAUUGAAUGGAAUUAAAAUUAAAUGAAUUUAAAUUUAUUAUUUAUUAUUAUAAUUUAAAUUUUAUUAAAUUUAUGACAUUAACUCACCUUCAGGUUAGUCUAGUAGAAGCACUUGAAAAAGAGAAGCUCCCACCAAAACCUAAGGAGCCAUUUCUUCCACUGGUGAGAGAAGCCAGGGCUACAACAGGCCAUGGUAUUCUGACAAAACGGCAGAAGCGGUGGAUGCAUGGUCGACCAAAUGAGAGCAGCAUUGAGAAUCCUGUACAUCUAAAGUAAGUCCAAUGUAUGAAAACCAUUCCAUGUAUGUAAAAUGGUGUGGAAAGAGAAUAUGUAAGCUGACAGAUAUUUAGCUAACCUGCGAGCAGAGGUCUUCUCUUUUGCAUGGCUUUUAGCAUUUACGAAACCAUUUGCGUGGCUUGUCUGUCACAUAGUUGCCACGCAAACUACUUUGUAAAUGCUAAAAGCCAUACAAGAAAGAAACUUCUGCUCGCGGGCUAAUAUUUAACAAUUAUUAGCCCCACCAAAACAGCUGGCCCCAGUUGUUCAAAAACUGGAUAGCACUAUCCACCGGAUAAAUCACUAUCCAGUGGAUAAGUAUUAGGGAAACCAAUUGCACUUUCCAGUGGAUAGUGCUAUCCACCUUUUGAACAACUGGGACCUGAAGUACAUUUACAGAGCCUCAUGUAUACAUACAUAAAUACAUACUUUAUUGAAAGGUCAAUAGUAGGCAGCGAAAGGCCGAUGUGGACCUUCUUUAUGUUGAUUUUUCAGAUGUGGCAGUUGUAUUGAUAUCAGCAAACAUCUUCUAAAUUUGGUCAAUGCUAGCUAGUAAUAUGAGCAAUAAGCUGGAGGUUUAGCAAAUCAGAAAAAGAGAAACAUUUGAAGGGUUUAACAAAAUAAAAUAUUCCUUAGACCUACAUUUUAAAACAUGUAAAAAGUCCUUACAGUGUAUGUAUGAUAGUGAUAGUAUGUGAUUGUAAACUUAAACUGCCUUAUCAUUUUUUAAUUUCACCUUUUCAGAUAUGCAGCUCUUGAUUCUAUAGAGAAAAAUUCUACACCAGAAAGCUAUUUUGAAGCCUUAGAAGUCAGAGGACUUCCAGAUACACCAAGUAAGAAUGAACUAUUUUCCUUGUCAUGUAUUCAAAGUCAUUUUUGUUUUAUCAGUUGAGUUUCUUUGUAACAUAAGAAUACAACAACCGGUACAAUACAUGUGCAACAUUAUACUGUUGUAAUAUUUGUAAUUGUUAUGUCAUGUGUCGUGAAGUGGUAGAACUCUGAAAUUACAUUAUAGUGGCAAUGAACGUUAAUAAUCUCUCCUUGUAACCAAAAAAAUCAUUGUGUUUCAAAGAAUCAACUCAAAAGAGGACAAACAUCAUAGAAAGACUACAGUCUAGCAGAAAAGAAAGGUAUGCUACAGCUACUUGAAAAUUCACAUUGACUUUAACUGUUUGUGUAUAUACUAUGCCAAAUACAUUGUGUAGUGAGUUUGUUAGUCUACUGGUACUUUCCAGCUUACUAUUUUUCUUAGUUUCUUUUGUGUGUGUGUGUGUGUUUUUUUUUUUAUAUUUUAGGAAUACAGGUACUUAUGUGGGACUGUUUAUAUACUAAUGACCUUUUUUUCUUGAAGGCAUGAGUCUUAUUUGGAGGAUAUGUAUCAGGAAUUUGGAGUCAUCAAUGCUGUAAGUUACUUCGUUAUAAUGUGAGGUUUCUUAAGCAAGCAGAUACUUUCGAACACCUGGCGAGAGACGAGGAAUAAGGACCCUGCAAGUCUUUUGAUUUCCUUUUUUAACAUAGCUUAUUUCACAAUCUUGCCAGGAACUGGAGCCCCGCAUUCUUGAAUCAUGUGAAAAUUUAAAAGAGCUUCUACUUGAAAAUGAUAAAGGUGAGAGUUUGUUCAUGACACGUCUAAGUUAAUCAUUAAAUUGUUAUUUUUUUAAUGCACUUCAAUUUUUUUAGUAAAAAUUAAUCUUAGGGAAAGUAUAGUGAAUUUAAUGCUUGGUCAUAUGGAUCAUACCUGCCAACUCUCCGAGUUUUCCUGGGAAUCUCCAAGUUUUCAUCAAAUCUCCCGGUCUCCCGGUUAGAGCACCAAAUCUCCCAGGAAAUAGCCACUGUGGCCUUUGUCAAAUUCUUUCAGUAAUUUUGUUAUUUUCAAGAUGUCAAAAAGGAAAAUAAACAAGAAGUGGAUUUAGUGCUCUUAUUUGAGCUGUUCAAGAUCGGAAAACGUAAAACAGAGCAAUGCAACCAAAUUGAUAUAUCUUUAACGAGUAUUGUAAUUGGUCAGAAAUCGACCAAUCAAAUUGCACAAUACCUGGUAGAAAGUAGGCCUGGUUUUUUAACGCUGUUAUUAAUGUCGGGAACAUUUAGAAGGCCUUUGGGUGAUUUUCGGAGAGUAUUCAGACAUUGUCGGAAAUGACAUUCUUACAAAUGCAAAGAUUUUUAGCUAGAUGUCUCCAGAUUUUUGUACUCCGGGAAUUGGCAGGUAUUUAUGAAUGAUUAUAAAGUUUCUAUUAAAUAUCUUCUAGAGAGAACUUCUGUGAAUAAUGAUAUUUUGUUAAAGCAAACAUGUAUAACCUUCUUCGUUUAGUAAACUCUUUCUAGUAAUAGUUCCAGCUGAAACUUCAUUAGCAGUAAUCAGUACACUAGCUGUAGCACUUACAUCCCUUUACAUUCUGGUAAUUUUUUGAGUCUCAGAAACAUCAUUAUAAAAGAAUUCAAAUGAAAGAAAUUUGUACUUAUGGCAUUUGAUACCGGUAAUUACUAUGAACUUAUUUUUCUUUAUUUAUUGUUUCUCAGAAAUUGAGCAACUACUUCAAACAAUAGAAUGUGAUGAUGUAAGUAUUUAAAAAUUUUGUCACAGAAUAUGCAAGUUACUUGAACGUUCUAAUCUUUUUCUUGGUAUGAUUCAUGCAUGAGCAUUUAAUCGGCAACAACAAGGUUCCUUUAAAAAAAAUUGAAGAAAAAAAUGCACAUUAUGGUUCUUAUCGGGAGCUUUUGUAAACUUUGGCAAAUUUUGAGAACAAAUUCUAUCUGAAGGAAAGGUACAUGUGUAUUUGUGAUCAAAAAUUUAUCCCCUUAUCUACCAAAAUGUUCCUUGUUUCAGUGCUAGCUUUCCAAUGAAGUUUCUUGGAAAAUCAGCAAGGAGAGAUGUAAAGAAAAACAAACUGUGUACUCAAUAUUAUUUAUUGAACAUUAUAUUCAUGGUCUAUACCAAAUAAUGUGCGUGUGCUCCUGUAGGCCGUAGUUUAGACCAAUGAGCAUGCCAGAAAUCACUCAGUUAUGGUGGACUAACACUAUUUUGAUAGGUCUGUGCUAAUGGUAUAGGCCCCAGCAGAUUUUAUAGUAGACAAGUGUUUUUUUAGGACCUUCUUCUUCAUAACUUAUCUGACUUGGAAGCGCUGUGGGAGAGUGUUGCAGAACAUUCUGUCCAUCGACAAUCAUGGAUUAAUGAGUUGGAUGUCACUUUGGAUCAAGUUGAAAUUGACAGAGGAGACUUAGUGAGUAGACUAAUUACAGUCUCUUAUUUUUAUUUGUACCAAGACAAGUGUAACCUGCUGUAAAAGGGUAUCAAAUCUACUCAGGGUUGAGAGAGGGAGUGAAUAAGGUUGUGUGAAAAAUAGUUCUUACAUCCUUUCAGGGCUGUCAUUAAGAGGCGGGGGCAGAGGAUUUCCGCCGGGUGAUAUAACAUUGAACAUGGCCCCUGGCUACUCUCAUAGGAAAAUAGAAGAAAAAUAGAACCAAAAAAAUAUUCCUAGCUGUUUUAUUCCCUGCCUCCUUUUUGUAUUUACCCAGGAACUUGAAAUCUUAGUGACAUCCCUGAUCCUUCCCAAGGCUUUGCUCCAAGAUGUGACUGUUAACAGUCUAGAUGGUGUGUGACCUAAAAUUAUAUAAUUUACUUAUACUGACAGAGACAUUGGCAUAAAAUAGCUCACAAAUUUCAAGCCAUGAAUGCUUGCUGCAAACUGUCCUCUCAUCCCCGAGAUUGUUGUUCACAGAAAUUAAUCUCUAAAUCUACUUCUGGUCUUAGUGAAUUACAGUGAAUUAUAGUGUUAUUUUGAACAACUGUUGUUCAAAAUAAAACUAUAAUUUUUCACAGGAUUUAAGUCUCUGUCCAGUGGAUAAGGCUAUUGGUUUCCCUAAUACAGUUGCAUCUGCUGGAUGCUAAUUUAUCCAGUGGAUAGUGCUAUGUCCAAUAUCGUAACAACUCGGGCCUGGGACAUACAUUGCUUCCAGCAAAUUCCACCAGUUGUACAACAUUACGUCUAGGUAAAGGCAACAGGAUAGCUCUAUCAGAAGUAAGAAAAGGUAACUGCCAACCCUAGUACAAAUGACCGGUUCAUGGCAACAAUGCCCCGUGUAAGGGUCCUGAAUUCCAGAUUCCAGGCAAAGGAUCCCUGUCUUUGUCACUGGGUCUUGGAUUUUGGAUUCCAAUCCUUAGUGAGAUUGCAGAUUCCAAAGCCCAGGAUUCUGGGGAUUCCACAAGCAAAAUUUUUGCAGAUUCCGGAAUCUGGAUUCCCUUAAUGGGGCGAGGAGAGUCUUGCUUAAAUUGAUUUCCAUGACUGGUAUGUAACCUUUGCUUUGCCUUGGGGAACACUGAGUGUCAAGGGCCAACAAAAUGCACUGUUUCCCUUGGGGUGUGUCAUUAAACUGUGCUUAUUAGUUUCUCUCAUUUUACAAUGAUAGAUUUGUGAGACUCUGAAAGGGUUUAACAAAAUUCUAGAAAGAGUCGCACAUCUGAUGCCACCUGAUGUACACAGACUACUGGAAAGAGAGGCUCAGCGUGUAAACUCUACUAUUCUGAUGAACAGAAGGGCGUAUGCUGACCUCAUCUCUAACUUACUCAGUGGUAAGUCAGGGGAAAUGGGCUCGUGGUGCAGUUAUCUCACAUUGCCCCUUUGAUAAUAGCUGUACUAGUAAUAACCAAACGUUACGGAGUGCGGGCGACGACGAUCGAAGUUCAAAACGCUUUUGCUCUAACGUUUGAUGUGCUUUGCGUAAGUUUCACGUUACAGAUGGUCAAAACACGCGUGAUCAAAUUACGAGGGAUAGAAGGUCCAAACGUGGGUGAUCAAAUUGCGUUCUAUGCAUUCCAUUCAUUCUUAGUGGAAGUCCAAACGAAUGCUGGCUACAUACAUGCGACGCUUGCGUAAUAACAACCUAGAGAUUAGGAUGCGGGCUCCUCUCGCCCGCAAUGAAGUGUCUCUUUUGUCUUCUUAAAGUACCUCUGCUCGUAAAGACAGAUUGAAAUGAGCGGAGGUUGUAUGAAUUUAUAUCUGGUCAAACUAAGGCGUUAAUAUCGAAUUUUGUUUGCACACGUUCUCACCUGGCUUAAAUGAGCAAUUACUUGUACUGAUGAGCAAUAAUUUCUUGUACCCUUCCUACACAUGUCUGCUAUGGACAUUCAUUCGUUGCCAUUGACGAUUUAUAAUUUACGGAGUAUAUGUACGUAUAGAUUGAUGGUUCGCUUCGCUCGCCAUUAGAGAGCUUGCACGCAGACUAAUUCAACGUUUGAAACGGGUAUUAGAGAGAGCAAUACUUAACUGCCUUCCAAAAAAAUAAUUGAGGAACAUAUGAUGUUUGUUCAACGUGUGAUGUUCCACUGUCGCUGGAGGGGAGAGAGGAUAUAAGAGAAUUGGGAGAGAAACCACGCCAUGUUGAGUAUUCCCCUUCACGUAUCUAAUAUUUUCUGAAAUGAUUUUGAUUUUGAAGCUGACGUGGAGCGUGAGAGGCAAUCUUACAUCGCUUGGCAAGUUCGAGUAGAGGACUGGAGACAACUGAAGUGCCGAGAGGCAAUAGAGAAAUUCAAGUAAGAUCAUCUGAUCAUCUAAAUUUCCCCUUUUCCUGUCCUUUCAAACACCCGCCCUUCAGCCCACAGCCAUUUACGUCCUACGAUGUUACAUUGAAAAUUCUACGUAAGUAAUAUUUUAAACGGUAGCACCCGUCACGGAAACACGCCACAUAUUGCUUAAAACUGCAGCUACUGUUCGCGCACACUGUAUGUUCGGCCUCAGUGCUGUGCUCAGAUCAAAAUAACUGCGAAGAAGGAAACAAGGGAAAACGUGCUGGAAUUGUACAUUUCUUGUAGUAAGGGCGCCAAUCACCGAAGAACUCAACUCUUGCAACUCAACCGCCCGUGUUUGGGCAACCUUUGUGAAUUAAAACUGCAGAUGUAGAUGUAGAUGCCGAAAACUAAGCAGUGUUGACAGGGCAUUGGUGUUACAUACACUCGAGGAGCACGACAAAACACCUUCUUAAAAACUCGUUUUUUCGGUGCUUUGAAUGUUUAAAGUUGCCCACCAACUUAUAUACGGUAUCUAGUUCACAGAGUUCGUGCGAGUGCUAUUGAGCUUCGCUUGCAAGGCUCAUUUUGUUGUGUCGGCCUGAUUAUCUCUGUAUUUCCACACUCGUGUUCCCCUUUGUGAAAAGAACGCCUUUGUUUUCCUCUGAAUUUGAAGGGAAUUUCAGCAUCAGACUGCCCACGGCGUUCAGGUAGCGGGGAUUUGCGCAAAAGGGAGGGAGGAGUGGAAAGAAAACAACAAAAAAACGAACGAACAAAUAAUCAAGCAUGCAAAGACACAUAAACAAACAAACAAACAAACAAACAAUGAAAUUAGCUCCUUCCCCAAUUUUUGCUCCGUUCUCUUCGCGUCUUCUCCACUAUCUACAUGGAAAUACUUGGCGACAACUAAACUGUUCCAGGCUGUAGCGAUGGCGUGUGAGUGAAGGUCAGUGAAAGGCGCUCGAAAAUAAUUAUCAGCCUCGCGCUUUAUCAAUUUCGAGGACCCGACUAUCUUGGAGCCUAGAACAGGCUAGGUGGGAACAGGCAAAGAAUUUAUUAUAUUUUGUGUAUGUAUUUAGCGAGUUCAUGAACAGCUCUUCCGUUAAAGAUCCACCGGAAUUAAAAAGGAAGAUGGAGUUGUUCACUGCCGAACAAAGUGCUGUGAACAAAAAAAGGAUGGAGCUCCUUGAAUCACUGAGGUUUGUUUAUUGAAGUGUUAAUUAAAGCCUGAUUUUCAUAUAAUUGCCCUGAAAAGUCCAGCGAUCUGAUGGAUCGUAGUGAUUGCAGCGAUUUUAUGAAAACCAGUCUUAAAUUGGAACUUAAGUCUAUCUCUGAAAUGGUUGUGUCAACAAUCGCUGCGCUCGUAACAAUGGCCGAUUGUCGAAGAGAUCUUUUAUUCGUAGGGAUCAUAAAGAGCCUUUUCACUAGCGUGGUGGCAGCUAUGCAAAUUUAUUGGAACAAAAGAAUGUUUAACACAAGAAGAAGGUUCAAAUCCCACAGGACUUGUUUGGAAUGCUAACACGACGGCCUUUUCAUUGUUUUGGGAAACAAAUAUGGCACACGUGACGUCAUGUGAAAACGCUGUAUUCGCCAUUUUUGGUCGGGGAGACUGGGACUGGGAACUGGGACUGGGCCUGGGACUGGGUCGGUGUUGUGUCGAACAAUGGGAAGGUACUUAGGGACCAAUUUUACGCCAGUUUCCUGUGUAACUUCGUAACGGCCAAUAACAACGUACCAAAGACAGUUCCUUAAUGCAAUUAUGGCCAAUGGAGGCUAUGUUAAGAUGAUUUACGCCACCAAACAUUUCUGUUUGUUUCACUUAGACUGCUACAUAAUCAAACUGACGUUUCAUGACUUAUAAUUGUUUUCUGCCUGUGUACUGCACUACUCAGGGUGACUUUGGGCAAGCUAAGCGCUCCCCCGCCCUCCCAUUUCACUAACAGUUACCUUAUCACUGCAAUUGUUGCUUGCACGUCGGACAAAUCGUUAUUUGAAACAGGCCUCUAUUAGCUCCUGGCUAUCGGAUAACCCUUUUAUUUGCGUCCUGUCUUGUAGCAGUUCUAAGGAAGCGUUAAUACCCCGAGAAACAAGAGUUAAUGGGCUGAAAUGCUAUCCUGGAGGGACUGUAUUUACAUUAUCCUUUCGCACACAAAACAAUGAACCUAUCGUUUAAAGAAAUGAUCCCCCUUAUUUUACCACUGAGAUGUGGGUACGGUUUUAGAAGGCAGAAACCUUAUUUGAGAUAGAGUCAGUAGCAACUGGGUAGGGAGAUUUAGAAGCUCGAGCAAGCCAGUAAGUAACUAACUGCUGCUAAAAAUGCAUUGUACAUGUGCAAGGAUUUACACAAUUUUUGUCCAGUUCUUGACUUAACAGGUGUUUUAUGAUCUUGUCAAUAAACAGGAACAUGAGGCCUCCCAAUUCCACUAAAUCUGCUGUGUACCAAUGGAACUCUGCUCUCAUUGACCUAAACCGUCAACUUGGUAAGAACCGUCGAUUAUUCGUAACCAUUUUGCUCUAAACUCCAUGGUUAAGGCAUGUUAACAGACACGUUUUCGGAUUUCAUAACAAUGAUAGCUGUUUCGAUGAGGCUUGUUUAUCGUUUGUCUCAAGAAAGUCGUUUUGUUAUUGAUCACGGCGUCUCAACCGCAUACUGCUGGCCUUCAUCUGGUGAUUGUUCCUUAAUACUUGUGAGAGUGGAAAAAAUCGGCAAAUUUUCCCAUUCAGACGAACGAUUUUUCCUAGCCAAUGAAAGCUUGCUUGCAUGAUUGUGGCUUUACAUUUUUUUUAAUGGAAAAAGGCAAGUAAAGUUAUGACAAAACUAAAACAAAACUGAGUAUGAAUCUUAGUCGUAAUAGUAGUUUGAGUCUGAUAUGGCCUAUGUUAAGUGUGAGGAGCGUGAAGAAGCAAUACAUCAUUUUCAGAUUUAAAUGAUGUAUGCUUCCACAUUUGUUGACCUUUUCUUAUUUUUCAGAGGGAGUUCAUGCACGAUACAAAGACAUCAUCCAGGCAGAGUACGACCGUGUUAUUGAGCAGUGCAUGGACGAAAUCAACAAUGUCAAGGUUGUAUAAUAUCAUUACCAUUACCAUUGUAUAUAGCGUCAUCUCUCUUGUAUUUUGUUUUUUUCACCUUCAGUAUGCGGAGAGAGGCUUACUUUUUAAAAAUUUAAAUUGCUUAGACCGUGGUGACGGAGACUUAUUAUAAUUGGGGCAUGAGGAAACCAUACAAACUUAAACUUAACACAGCUUUGGGCGCAACAACUUCUGGAAUCGUUCGGGAGAACAAGCGUUAGUUAUGAUUGGUCAGUUGUAUCCGAGGACAACCCUUAAUUAGCCCAUCAUUGCUUGUACUGUUCACCCACGCGAAACUUUUCCGUCACAGGCUUGUACCCAUCCUCCCUGUAUUAUAUGGCGUUGUGAAUUUUAAAUGUAUGAUAAUAGACCUUUUACACAUAACGCUGCGGCGGUCGUGUUGGUAUACCAAAAGUAAUAAAACAGCGUUCAUUUUGCCGUACCAGAUCAAUCCUGUGAGAGGUCUACUGAUUUCUUAUCUAUGUAAACACUUUCUUUUUCCAGUAGUUUUUAAACGAUAAACAGUUGGUAGAUAUCAGUUUACUUCGAUAUUAUCGUCAAGCGUACUGGUUAGUGGGUUAGUAAGCAUCCAUGCAAACGUAAACGUAUUUUGCAUGGGUGCACAUGUCAGAGUAAAUCUGCUUAGCUUCAGGCCGCGUGAAAGGAAACGCACUCCGUACAUAGACUGCAAAACAGUCGGUUUUUUUCUCAAAAUCAGUAGCCUCAUUCCAGACCUUUUGAUAGUCUUGUUUUGCAAACGUCCUGGAUGUUCUGAAAAAAGCACCGCAGUUACAAUAACUAAGAAAAAAAAUUUACAGUCUUUAUUAAGAAAUAGUAUCAGUUAAAACCUUUUUUUGUCUUUCUAUUCCGUGAGAAGAAAUCAAUACGAACCUCCUUUUUUCCUUUUUUUUCCCCCUUUUUUUAGGAAGAGUUUCGAACGGGGGGUAUUCUUGACGCAGUUAGGACUGAAGAGGUAUACGUAAUUGUCAGUUGUAAAUUCCUACAUAAAAAAGUUCUUGCUAUUUAUUUUGAAAAAUGAAUUUGCGGUGGUUUAUUAUAAUUAUCCGAAUAAAGCAAGAAGUACGAGGUAAAGAAUUAUUUACUGAAAACCGAUUGUGGAAUCUCUUGAACUCUUAGUCCUUAGGCCUGCGGCGUGUGUGUUCUUAAUAAACGAAUGUGUGUAAUGAAAUUUGUUUAGAUGUUUUGUGUUUUGUAGUUUUGUAGUGGUUUUAAGUAAUGUUUAAUGACAGUUUGUGUAUUUAUUAUUUAAGUAUGAAAAAAAUUAAUAAAGGCUUUUAACUUAACAAGAAACAAUUAUCCUUUCGAAUCCUUAGUCCUUAGUCCUGUAACACGAAGAUAUUGUGAUCAAGUUAAUUUAUUUUUCACACGACGAUCUUAACUCCUUUGGAUUUUGUAAUUAAAAAAAUACUAGGAUAUACCAGCCUUUUGAAUUUUCGACUUCUUAGGUUCUUUAUUGAAGGCUGCAUCUCAUACUCUUCUUUUUUAGGUGAUGAACGAAUCAUUUUUGCCUCUCGUUGGUGAAAAGCAGACGAAAUUCGAACACGAAGUUGACAAAAUGGAGGUAAAUGUUGUGAAAUUGUUAACAGUUCCAAUUGGUAUUUUUAUACUUGUUCUGUUAAUGACCGGAUGAUUGGUUGUUACUCAUUUCAGCGUGCUUUGGAGAACUUGACCAGUUUUCACGAGAUGCUUAUCAAGUCGUUAUUCAAAUUCGUGCAAGGAGCUGCUCAUAUGUGGGAUUUACACGAGAUCGGCUUGGCUCGACAGGAAAGAAAACUACAGGUGCAAUAAUGAUUAUAUUAGAUUCGAGAACGAGAUUAAACUUCAUUAAGCUUCAUUCUACUCUUUUUUUUUUCACCAGAAAAGUUAGCAUGGUUAUUUAUAUUGAAGAAGAUUGAGCCCUCUCCCGAUCGCAAAAUGGCAACUGACAUUCGAUAACCUGUUUGUGUUACUAUGCCGCUAAAACCCUUAGCAGAACGAUGACGGUUAUCGCGUUUUCCCGAGAAAAUGACGCUGGUUCACGAGUGCGCACUACUAAGUAUCGAGAAAAUCUCACUCUCGUAGUGGUCCUUGGAUUCCUGUAGCAUUUGGAGCAGAACAGAAUGUGUGCUAAAUGCCCGGUAUUUUGAGCGCACCCUGGGUGAAGAGUUUAGUAAGACUAUCCAAAAAGCAAGGGCAGAAAUCUAAAACCAAUCAAAAAGUCAAGCUGACGUUUAAUUCUUAGCAGAAAGUUCCCAACCUUAAACGGCUUCCUUUUUACAUGAGUCUUCAUUGAUGACAUUACAUGAAUUAAAAAAUUAAGGUAUUACUUCCAUCGCUUUGUAUUUUGUUUAUUUUUAAAUCUAACGACCCUAAGUUCUACCGCAAAGAGUAGAAGCAUGUGUGUUGGCUGUAUGUUCUGUAUCUUGCCUUUUCUUUUCUUUUUCUGUUUUUGGCGUUUUCUGGUUGUUGCGUCGACUUUGAUAUAAAACAUUAGCGACAUAACUCGUGGUUUGAAAAAUCUUGAGGCAACCUUUGUAAUCUUCAAGUUUGGAAAAAUAUUUCAGCUACUCACCUUCGAGAACUUCGAUAAAAUUUCAUUUGAGCCAAUUAACUUAGUUUGGUAAAAGCAGCAUUCCCUUUGCGUCCAAAUGUACUUAGGUGUACUUCUAAUAUUUUGCUUUCAGGAGGAGCUUGAGAAGAAUCGGCGCGACCAUGAUGGUCUCAACCAGGUGAGCGCAGAUAACGAACGAAAUGCACAUGUACGUUUAGUUUGCGGCAAAGAAAACAUAUUUAUAUUCGUCAUGACAAGAAAUGUUCAUCAAACCGACUAAAUGUACAAUGUACUUGAACAAACGACUUUUUUUUUUUUCUGGUAGUGUUUGUGUGGUAUACAUCAGGUUUUGAAGGAACAAAAUGCUGCAUAAUGCGGAGCGUGUAAAGAAAGUAGUGUCCGAUAGCCCUGGGCUUGUGGAUUUUGCUAUCGGGCCAGUGAAUCUGUUUUUAACUUGCCCGACGGGCAAAUGAUGUUUUUUGAGCAAUUUGAAUUAAGGAAGAACUGUGAAAUCAAUUCUGCUCGUCAAAAAGCUUUUGGGGCUAGUUGAAAUGACGUCUGGGCUAGUAAAUGCUAGCUUCAGCUUGCCCAAAUGGCAAGCUGUAAAAAUGAUUUUCUUUGCACACUGAUUGCGGCUUAAUUUCAUAUCAAAAGCACGCUUGAUAUUCAAUCGAACAGACCGCUGAAACUUUGGUUAGGUUUUGAUUUGUUGUAGUAGGUAAUUCCUAGUGACUUCAUUCUGUAUCUGCUCAUUGUCAGGUCCUAAAAACUGAGAAGUCAAAAACUAUGUUUGGAAACUUAUAAAGGAAUCGUGUCAGCUUUUUCUGAUUGAUGAAAAACUCGACAUCUAUUAUUUUUGCGUUAAUUUUGCAGGUGAGAGAAGCAAACUUGGACAUUAUCAUGGACAAGAUGAGACAGGACUCAUCUGAGCAGGUAUAGUAUCUGUUUGCUGUUAAGAAAAUGGGACAUUUUGACAGUUGAUCGACCACUGAAUUUGUUAAUUUUAAUUUCUAAAUUUACUUUUUCUUUUUAUCACUCGUAGGCUUUAGCAGACAGCCUUCAAAACGCGUUAGCAGCCCUUGGGGAGAUCAAGCAACUGUAAGUGUGGCGAUAACUCAUGAAAACAAAUAUAUAUGACAAACAAAGCUUCGCUACUGCACUUUCAGAAAAACUGAUGCAAAAGACGCGCGGAAGCUGGGGAGAGAGGAGGUGGUCACGAGCAUCUCAUUUCCCCUUGUCCUUGUUUUCGCGACUUCCCUACGUAUCAGAGCCUCGCACAAGCUACGUGCCUCUUGGCGUUUUUGCAUAGGGUUCCCACCUCUUCAGUUUAACACAUCGCGCAGAAUGAGUGGACAUCAUUAGCUAUUCUUGACCGCCGAAGCGGCAAAUUCGAACGCACGAGCGCUCUUUCAAUAAGAGAAGAUUUGAAUAAGAGAAGAUAGAGCCUCUUUUGGCCCACCAGCGUUGAUAAAACUCAUUGGCGCGACUUCUUUAGCUCGAAAAUGACAAAUUCAUUGACAGAAUAUUGAAAAUGAAUGAUAUAUCUACGAUUUAAGCAUAAAAGAAAAGCAUUUUUCGUAGCAGAAGGACUAUCCCUCUGCACUUGAAAAUUGCUAAAAAGAGGCCGUUUUUUGUAUGGAGGCUAAUUCACUUAAAUUGCUUUCGUCAAUUUCUUAACGCUUAUGAAUGGAGGUGAAGCGAAGUCUAGGACUUUGAGUCAGCCCGUGCAAAGGAAGCUCGUAUGGUUGGAAUGUCAUUAUUUGUACCGACGAUAAUAAGUACGUAUACAUUUAUCGCGCUUUUAUGUCUACAGAUACAGUGAUUUCCACGGCCAACAAAUACAGACGUCGUGCUCUUAUCCUGAGUUAGUGCAAGAGGAACUGACAAAGUAUGAUGGCGAAGUGUGCAAGUAUUUUCAAGUGGAUCGACGACGAUCAUUAGUGAGUUAACAAAUUUGCGUAUUUAGAUUUUUAAAUUUAGAUGCACAAAGGGACUGUGAACUGCAUCUUAUAGAGCGGGCAAAGAGAAAAACAAACGGACAAAGAAAUUCACAAAUUCACACAACUGGGCGCAUAAGACGGAGUUGUUGGUUAGAGAGUUGCAAUUUUUUUUAUUUCUCUUCCUGACUGGUGUAAUAUUCUUGUCAAGUCAUGACUGUCGACGCCAACCUGUACUUUGAUUGCUCCUCCCUGCUCAGAGUGAGUCCGUUGAUAAUACGUUUUCUUUUUCCUCUGGACAAUCUGCAUUGGCAAAUAUGGGACCGUUGAUUAAGAAUGGUUUUAUGCGUGGCUUGUAGUAGAACAUCACCUUAUUCUUUGUGUUUCUUUGUAGUCGACACUAGAUCCAAAACCAAAGAAAAAGGACAAGAAGGAAAAACGUGACCAUGAUAAGUCCAAGAAAAAAGCGAGCACGGCUGUGGUGAGUGUGAAAAAGGUUAUAACCGCUCAGUUACCCCGAGGCCCGCACGGGUGUAGCCUGCAUAGCAAAUGUUCCCGCACAAGUUGUUUGCGAAAGUUGGAACAGUGCAAACAGUUGCUAUGCAGGCGAUAGAUGCUGGUCCAUCACAGGUUCGCCCCAGCAGUAUGGUGCCCUGUCCCAUUUAUAUAGUGACCUGGGUGAAGUGAGAAAAUGUGGAUUGUAUUUUCUUGUUUAAGAAAACAAUGCGACGCCAGGCUGGAACCCGGACUUACAGAUCUGGCAAAGAUCGAGAUGUUAACCGCUCAACCACCACAUCUCGUGAGAUUGCUGCCCUUAUUUUUCCUAAAUAGCCAGUUGUUUACUUCAGUUGGAGAAGAUUUAUCGGUUGCCUUUGAUGUUUUUUUUUUGGUUAGAAAACUCCUCCGUCCAUUGAUGAUGUGCUGACGACAUCAAAUGGUACCACAUUUUACAUUCUGGUUGAACCAGGGGAACACGGUCUGCUUCCUGAGACUCCAGACGGUAUUAAAAGCAUGAAAACUUGCAUGACCUUUCUUACGGAUACACAAGGUACAGUGCGACAAUCUUGACUGUCGACAAAUUCACGCCCUUGGCAUUACUACACCCUGCUAGCUGAGCCUUUUAUCGCUUGCUUAAUUUUAGCGUAUUUGAGUAAGACUCUGUAUGAGUCGAGUCAGAUCAUUGUUAAGCAUGCGCUAGGAUACUGUUUCAAACCCAGGCCUAAUAGCCCUAUGAACACUAACUGAAAGGGACGAAGGAGACCUGAUCAGCAAAAAUAUACCAAGUAGACACAUUGAAAUCUGCAAAACUCAUCAUACUACCGGGCUUUGCAAGACAUUACACGACCUCGAUAGAACCUAAAACAGAGCGGGGUGUAACCUUCAACAGCUGUUUUUCCAUUUUUGUGGCUCGUCAGGACGCUUCAAUAACAAACAGAACAAAGACGCUCUGCUAAGAAAAUACCCGCUCACUCUGUUGUAAGCCAUAAAAAUGAACCCCAACACCCACCGAAUCACGCCAUAUCACUUGUCUCUGGGAGAGGUUGCUGCCAAUGUGACAUUCCAUUUGGCCUAUGUAAUGCCCCACCUAUCUUUUAACCUUUCGUUGGUUCGUUGGUAGCUCGUCUUUCCAGCUUAUGCCCUGAAUCUACACGGAUAAUCCUCUGGGAUAUUCACUCAAAACUGAUUGCCAUCUAACAAAUUAAGUACCACUUGAACAACUCGUGCAGCACCAGUCAAUAGCACAGUGUGUACUGUGACUUUGUUUUCACAAGACCCAUAUGAGAACUGAUCAUGUCUGAACAAGCGUGUCUCUUGUGUGUUUCAGAGGAGGAAGAUGAUGAGGGUGUUCUGCCAUGCUAUAUCGAAUCCAUUAUUCUCAGAGAAGACCUUUUCUUAGAACUUAGACGACAGUAAGUUGUCUUAAAUUGAGUGCGACGUUUGACUUGUACCAUUUAGACAGUUCAGUUGAUGCGAUUUCCCUGAGAAGUCAGUUAGGCGCAGCGACAAGAACAACACUUCAUUAGUAAUUACAUGUCAUUCAACAAAGCACUGCCCACAAGUGCAAAUCUAUUUAAUGUGGGUAGUGCAUUCAAAAGUAGAUAGAGAUUAAGCUCACUAAAGGAAGGUUACGGUAGUGUUGAGUGAAAAAAUCGUCUUGUAUAAAGUAUAGUAGUUUACCGUAGUGUUUACCGAAAAAAAUCGUUAUGCAAUUGAGAACUAACACAGCAUGUAACUGAAACUUGAACAAGUGAAUUGUUAUCAGUAGAUUAGAGUUCGCAAACAUUAAUGUCACAGAUGUCCUCGUUUCACCGUAACCCAAACACAAACUUAAGUUGCAGCAGGGAUUAAAAAUUUUCAUUUUUAUGUACUUGCGCUUGCGUCUGUGUUCUUAACGUGGCAUACCAGGUACUCUCUGACGCGGUGUACGUAGUGUCUUUUUCCGUCCGUCCCAACACACCCUAUGCUCUUUGUUUUUCCUUACUAUGUUGAUGCCUGGGGACACGACAUCUAACUGUUAUAAUAGGGCUUUUGCAUUAACUGGUCAACAUUGCCUUUGUCACCUAUGACAACAUGUAUGCAUAUGUAUGGGUAAGCACUGAGUAAUUUUUUGUGUUAAUAUUUCAGCCUUCGAAUGCAGUUUUUGGAACACCUUGAAGAAUGGAAAAUCCAGGCCUUGGACAGAGCCAACAGUGUGGUGUCAGCCAAGGUAUCGUAUUGGUAGUGGUUGAAUAUUAUCCUUAGUUGAAAUUUUUUUUCCCAUUGUUUUUGUGUGCGGUUAUGGAUGGAAAUAAAGUUUGUGUAAAGAAUGUAUUUCUUAAUAAAGUUCAAAGUGUAAUUAAGUAUCAGUUCGCCAGCCUUAGCCGACCUGACGGGCGGCUAGGGCUCAUAGCUUCUGUUUUUCAAUCUUUUUGCAGUGGCUUCGUUUCAAUCAAUAUCGACCACAUGACGACAUUUUCUUUUUAGUUUUCCAUUACUGUCCAAAGUUUAGGACAGUGGAUAAAAAAUUGUCACCAUUUUCAUAAAAGAGAUCAAGCAAUACAGCUCAACAUCAAGUUUUUAAGUAGUUGUAACAUUACAUAACAUUUAUGGCUCUUAAACUUUGUUUGGUCUAGCACUCUAUAGUACUUCAAUACAAGUAACUGUAUUGGUUUCUUAUUCUGGCAUCCUCUUGCUUUUUAUAUAAGAAAAUGUUUUAUUUAUCAGACUGAAUUAGUAUAUAUGGAACUUUAACGGCCAACUGAUGUCCUAAAUCCCCUUGUUCUUAUACGCGGGUGUUUAAUGCAUUUCCUUCUUCUGUUGUUUUGUGAGCAGCUUAUUGCUUAUUUCCCUAACGGACACACCCAAAACGGUUAUCCACUGGGGCUGAAUCGUUCAAAACCCGUGAACUCUAAACAGAGCAUAAUUAUGACCUGUCGUACUAACUAACCCCGGAUUUUCACUGGCAAUCCGCCUUUGAACAACAUGACCCAGAUAAAGAGAGGGAGUUUAAUGUUGCUGCAUUUUCCACCAUAGGUCGAGGAGUUAAACAGUGAAUUAGAUUUGCGUCUCCAUUUGCAUGAACCAAGAGCCGCCAGAGCAGAACAAGAUGUACAUAACGUGAGAGCAGGUAAAGAGACAGACAGUGAGCUUCACUUACUCUUGCUCUAGGUUCGAGAUGGGUAGUUUAGGACAAUAUACGUCGAUAGAAAUUCAAGGAUUUGUGCGUGUUUAUAUUGCAUUGAGUUAGGCCCAAAUCAAAGUCGAACGUUUCAUGUACUUAAUUGAAGGAAUUAGGUUCGGUACAUGAAAAGUUGACGUUUGAACUGGGCCUUAGAGGCUUGUUAAUUUUUCUUUUUUCAUGCCAAACUGUGAUUAAAUUCUUGUGCGGUGAUGUUUGAAAAAAAAAAUAGUAAAUUUGAGUUUGAAGUAUCAAUUUUGAAACCAAGUUGCCGUCAAACAAGAGGAAAAAAUAACAAACAAAGGAAAGGAAACAGUUCAGCCGAGAGUCUUCAUACUUGGACAACCCCUGGUCCACUGCACCACGUUACCAAUUACUCAUUUAACAAGCGAAAUUACUAUAUUUAAAGCGUACAAGUCAAUGGUUCCAAGCUGGACUUUCGACCGUGCUUCUCUUCGUCUUAUCUCCAGCUAGAGAGCAGGUUUACAGGCAAAGCUUAAACUUGUUAAUGAGGACAUUUUGAUUGUAAUCUGUAGCGGAGUUGGUGAUGCACCGUGAACGAGUUGAGCGCCACUGCAAAGGCGUCACUACGUCACUGAAUGAAUUCAAAGCCAGGUUUCAGCAGAUGGUCGAAGAACAUGAUAAGGAGGUAAGAAUGACAGCUGACAAUCAAACCGUGAACUAGUCAAUCUAUUAUAAAACACUGAUAAGAAACGCUCUCACAACCGCUAUUUAUGUGAAGGUCCUGUAUAGGGUCCUGUACUGUCCUAUAGGUGGAGCAAGGGUGGCGCAUGGGUGAGAGCACUUCCCUCCCAUCAGUGUGGUCCAGGUUCAAAACCCAGCGUCGCCACCGCAUGUGGGACUUGUUUGGUUCUGGUUCUCUCAUUUUCUCGGAGAGUUUUUUCUCCGGGUAAUCCGGUUCCCCCUCUCCUGAAAAACCAACAUUUCCAAAUUUCAAUUCGACCAGGGAUCAGGUAGACGAAGAAGAAGAUGUGCUACCUGUAAAUCGUAGUUUGUUUAUUUAGUCAUUUCAUUUAUUUAUUUAAGUUAUGAUUGAAGUCAAUGGAUCGGCUGUAAAAAUUUUUUCUCAAUACAGAGAUAGGGUAAGAAAAUAUUCGCAGAAAUAUCAACAUAUUUUAUCGACCUCGUGCAUUCAUGAUCACCGGGAUCAUAUGAAAUAAAAUUACCAUAAUAUACGUUACCUUAUAAGGUGCCAUGUAGAUUUUAAAUUUCUGUUAAUAUUUUAACCAAGAAAUAAACAGUUAACGUCUCCACUUUAUUUUCCAGACGGAUAUUUUUAAACUGUCGGUUCAAGAGCUUGAGGCGACCUUCACUUCAGCAACAAAGACUCACGAGUGAGUAUUUCAUUUGUCAACUGUCAAUAUGAUGGAACAAUAUGAUGGAACUAUGUUCUUGAUCGAAUGUUAUGAAAUUGACGUUCUGAUUUGUGUUAUUUCCAGGCUUUUAGUCAUCCAAGAUCAAGUUUCUGGGCGUGUGGAGCAAGUAAGAACUAAGAUUUUGUAAUCUUUGCUUUUUAUCUCUCUCUUCAUUCAUUUAUUUCUUUUGUGAACACUAGAUAAGUUUAAUGCGACACAUUGACAUACAGUCAACGCUCUUUAAGACGGAAACUUUUAGUGCCGGCGCUAUGUGUCGCCAGAUGGUCUUAGAGAAUGUCCUUCUUAUAGAGAGCUAACAAAAAGUAGUAUAGAAAGGCAGAGACCAACUCUAGGUGUCCGUUUUAGCAGGUGCCUGUCUUAAAGAGAGUCAACUAAAACGAGUAAGGACAGAUACCUCAGUAAAACGGACACCUAGAGUUGGUCCCUGCGUUUCUUUACAUCUUUUAUUUGACUGUCUGUAAGGUUAAAAGGCUAAAGGUCAUUUGUUCUGUAUUUGUUCCUAGUACAUGGAUGUCAUCAGAACUUCCCUCAGAAAGUUUCGACAUGACCUGGAUGAUAUGCUCAGCACUCUUCGGAACUCCAAUGCAAGAUUCAGAAAAACGUUCAAGUAAGACAACAGUGCUGCUCAUUGAUUACUCAUUUAUGUUUUAUCAAUUUACACUGAUCAUUAAAGGGGCUCUGUCACGAGAAUAUUGCUAUCUUAAGCCAAUUAUAUGCUAAGGUUAGUACCUGUACCCAUACACAAAAUGCUCCUGUGUAGUUAUGAAGAAGAAAUUGAACAAAUUUGAUCACGGAACACUUACCUUUGAGUUAAUGAUUUUUGCUGACUUUUUCAAGUUUCAAUCCAUGUCCAUUCUCGCCAUUCGUUGCAGCAGACGACAGGAGACAGUUUCAAUGCCUUUAAUAUAGUCUUAAAUAACAAAACUGGAUCAUUAUUUUUGGAAUUCAAAUAAUUGAUGCGAAAACAACGUUUUAGCUUUUUCAAAAGAUAGCAAAUAGCGUCGCAUAGCUCCUUUAACGGAAUUUUCUCCAAGAAUGUUCGCGUUCACCUGUGUGUUGAGUUGACCUCCCUGGUUAGUAGCUAUCCGUUCGUCGCCUUCUGCCCUUUUUAUUGUUUUCUUUUCUUUUUUUUUCUUUUCAUGAAAUAUAGGCUAAGGACCUGAACAUCUCAUAUUGAUUAUUUAAGACUUGUAAUGUGUAAUGGGAGGCUGCCAUCGCGUUCCAGUUAACAACAUAACUUUCUAUUUUCAGAGUAUUUUCUGAUGGAGGCAAUUUUUCGACGGACGAAGUUGAUGAGUACAGAAAGAAAUUAGUAAGUGCACUUUUCUUAAGAUUUGACGUUUUCAUUUCUGUUUGUUCUUUUGUUUGUUCUGUGACGAUGUCGUAAGAGAAUGCUUACUCUGACUACAAGGUUCAAGGUCCUAAACUCUUUAACGGUCUUAGUUUUGAAUUUCAAAAUGCAAUAAGUGUCUCUUCCUUUUGCUAUAAUAAGCUGAAAGCAUUCCUCUUUUCAUAAAUAUUGAUUUUUUUUUUUUUCUUACCCCUGCUUUUCAUUUUUAUUUAAAUCGCAUUCUUUAUCACUUUCGCUUUCCAUUUUUAGCCUAACUAUGAUUAAUAAAAUCAUCUAAUAUACUAUAAUAUUUAUUGUAGCUCUGCCAUUGAUUUUGCACGUAUACUUCUGUUUAUACCUCGUUAUACUAAUUAACUGAGGGAGCCUAUUCGUUAUAACCUUGGUGGUUUCCCUAGGGCUUCCUCGCUAUUAGCUUUUUAACAACGGUAUUUGGAACUUCUUCUAGUUUUGUAUAUGUUGUGGCAAAAAAUAAACUUGAACUUGAACACUCUUACAGGAACGCAUGGCAAACAAGAUCGACACCUCUGAAGGAUCGUUCAUGGCAGAACUGGAGGGAAUGGAGACCAGGAGAUUAGAGGCAGCCACCGAUUAUGCUGGAAAGUUGGAAGAUAGGUAGGCUGUCAUCAGUGCAGUUAAUUUGAAUACGAUAAUUGAGAUUCGAUUCUCUUGAUCCAAAGGGAUCCUGGAGAACGAGCUUUAAGAAGGCAGGGAGAAGCGGUUCUCUGAGAUACAUACUUAUGUUACAAGAGAGAUUUGCGACAACGAUUUUUAGGGCAACAAUGUUGGAAAAAUGUUGUGAUAAUUCAAAACAAUGUCGCAACAAUGUUGCAUCGCUCUGUUGCGCUAAGAUUCGUCGUUGGGAAUUGUCCCGUGUAACAUCGCCUUUAUAUACUCCGAGUAGUAAUCUCGAACCCAGAUCUCGUCGACUUUGUCUACAAGAGAUCUGGGUCCAAGAUUGGUUAGCCCCUCAAUGAGAACUUGAACUUGCUCAUGUGCUGUCUUUCUUUUCCUAUACAACCGGAGCGAGUUUUAUCAGAAUGAUAGGCUUCAAGCAAUCGUUUUCUUUUCUCAGAACAGUACAAAGCGUGCGAGGUGAUAAUAGUUAUCGCCACUCGCCCGUUUCGUCUCGCAUGGAAAAUUUUCUCUGUUUUUAAAGAAAGUAGGAAAGGUAAAAUACUCUUCACAGUGUAGAACUAAUUAUUCACUACUUCUUUGCAUUACAAUGGAAUCCUCUUAUCUAUCAUCGUCUUAUCCUCUUAUCCUCUUUUGCACUGAAAUCGGUUUUCGUGUUAUUUCCCGGAAGUUUGUAAACCUAGAAAAAAAAAUGGUGGAAAAUCUUUUGAUUGAAAUUCAAGUAAAAGGAGCCGUCAUGAUGUCUGGAGAGUGGUGUAUUGUGUGUGUGUUUUGUUUUUCUGGUUUUCGGGCAGUGUUAUUUUUUUAGCGCGUUCCUAUGUAGCUUUUAAAUACAAUUAACCUCUUGUUUCUCAGAUUUAAAAACCAUUUGUUCGACUUAACUUUCAUGGAAAAGGUGACGAGAUGGCUGACAAAUACGCAAGUUAAAGUCAAGAGCGAGGUGAGCUCCACCAACAAAAAAAGUGAACACAGUCGAACCUGUAUUAAACGUAAAAUACUGUGUUAAACCUCCAUUAAACCUGUAUUAUGUGUACUAUAUUGGCACCUCACCGUACACUUUAAGACAUACUGACUUAUUUGAUUUUUUUGAGUACUUCUGCUAAUUAAUUAUUCAUUUGUAAAAUAGUCUUAUUUACUUGUGGUGACCUCCAAGUAAGGGAUUGCCAAAGAGGCUUUCCCCAUUUUCUGAAAUACAAUUAUUUCCUUGUAUUUUUACAACUGAAAAUUUAAUAAAGUUAAACGACAACUCUUAGGAAAUGACCAACUGAGCGAUUAAUACAGGUAGAAGAAUGACCUCAAGACAUUACUACCUCUCUUUGUGCCAAAAGAAAAGAACAGUAAAGAUCACUAAAACCAUGUACAGUACAUCCUUCGCCCUAUCUUGACAAAGUGGUCGUUAAAUGGAGGUAAAGAAAAUAAAAAUAACUCGUUGGAACCUCUGAAAAGGUGACCGCGAACACUUCAUAGAAGUGACCCAUUAAUACAGGUUAGUUUCUCAGUAGUUGGAGGAUGUUUUUUGGGUGACUUCCUAAUUUACAGGUUCGCUUAAUACAGGUUUAACUGUCUGUCGUUUGACCCAGUUCAUCUUCGUAGUUUUGCAGCAGGGAUAUAAUGUGAGGUUUUUUUGUUUUUUGUUUUAUUUUUUUUUUAGGUCGCAUUCAGUAAUUCUCAAGCUAAAAAGCUCGCUCUCUACCUGUCUACCUUUGAACGCCACAUUGAUGCAGUGGAAAAACCAAACCUAGAUAAGGAGGUCAGAGAAACAUGUUGAAUAUUCCCUUGUUAUGUGCGAAAGCGUAUAUGUUGUGUGCGCCCAGCUAAACAAUCCAGAACUGGAGAAUUAAGAUCGAAUUGUUAUGAACACUAGGUUUCAGAAUUUUUACUGGUAUAUUUUGUUCACUAGUUCUUCUAUAUGCGUGCCGAGUUUCUUUGUGAUUUUUCUACAACAUGUAUCUUUUCAACAAAACUACGUAGUUGCGAAUCUACAAACUGGAUCAAAACUAAAUUUUGUAACAGCUUAUUUGAAAAGGUCGUACAAACAAGCAGGGACAUCGUAAUAAAUAUCGUCAAUGUCAUGUACUGACAUGUUGCAACGUUCAAUGUUCAUUAUAUCUUGCUAUAGCUUGUGUGAUCUACUACAUCAAUAUUAUGCCAAGGAAAAUUAAAGGAGCUGUGUCACGAAAUUUGUCAAAAUUCGGACCUUAAGGUGAUGUUACAGGAGACGAUUUUAGCGCAAGACAGCGUUGCAUCAUUGCUGCGACAUUGUUUCGAAUGGUUGCAACAUUGUUCCAAUAUUGCAACGCUGUGUUGUGCUACAAAUCGUGGUUGCGAAUCGGUCCGUGUUACAUCACCUUUAGGAACUGCCACUAAAUUGAGUGAAACAUGAAAAUAAUCGCGCCAAAACAUUAAAAGAAGGUAUUAAUAACACAGCAAAUACAAAAACAGCCAAGUAUGGACAGACUUGAAGAAGAUUGCAACGGAUUGAAUUUGUGGGUUUUUGAAAACUUGUUAGACGUAAGCAGUUUUUCAAAGUUUAUUUUUGCUGUUGUAAUUGGCGAUAUUAACAAAGGAACUAGAUAGCCGAUACACAUGCAGCCCCUUUAGCUAGCGUUAUGCUUCUUUUCUUUAGCAAGUAACAGCCCGCCAGGUUCAGAGCAGCCUAAUUCCGAUACUGCAGACAUUUCAUGAGCGAUCCCUGUACUUGAACUGUCUUCUGAAUCCGGCCACACCCAGUUUAGCUAUACUACACGCUGGACUCAAGAAAAAUGAAGAGAAAAAAGACGAGGGAAAAAAGGAGGAUAAAGCACCAAAAGGAGCUCUCAAGUGAGUUAUAAAACCUGUUUAGGAUAAAAUAACGAUGUUCGUGUUAAAUUAAAAGCUUCCUCACUCAGAGAGAUUCGCAUGAAAUAUUCGAAAAUUGAAACUCAGUCGCUCUGAGUUAGGAAACUUUUAAUGUAAUAUAUCUUUGCCAGGGCGAGGGAUCAACAUUUUUUUUUUUAAACAAGUGAGCAUAUAUAUUUAACGUAACGAAAAGAAUUUCUGCCGUCUUGUUUGGAAUUGUUCAUUUCAGUCAAGUGUCGCAUACCGCACCGAUAUCUUUGCUUAUUUAUCACGAACCCAUUUGAAUUAGAUUAUUAAUGGGGUUGAAAUGAUUUUUUCUUCUUUAUAGCCAGGCAAUGAUGUUGAAUUUGCCGUUGUCGUAUCAAUCAAACUCUUCUCUGUUAGCCCCUUUAUUUCUAUGACAGCCAGAUUCCUAUCUUUGACCUAUUACGUAACGAUCCCUUGUUUUGCCACUUUGCACUUGAAAUGGGAUCAGAGGCUUAAUUCAUCUUUAAGAGCUCUUACCUUCGCUCUUAUCCCAACGGACAAAAUUGCCGUCGAGGUUACGUUUGUAGUAACCACAGGUUAUUGAUAUGAUCUCUCUCUUUAACCUCAACCCUGUGAUCAGAUUCUAAACAUUGGAAAAUCCCCCCAUUUUUGCUCUAUUAAAGGGGCAAAAACAAAUUCUGAAGUGCUAUUAACGUAGUAAAGUUUAAUCCCUUCAGUUUACAUGUAACGUGCAACAGCCUCUUCUUUAUGUUUGAAAUCCCUCUGUUCCCUACUAAACAGCGACGCUAUUUUGUUGCAUUUUCUCGUCACUAUGGUCUUCCUAUACUUUUGUUACGUCUCACUUCCCAAGACUCAACAAGACGUUCCACUCUGUCUUUCUUCCUGUUUUAAGCCCACCUUACCUGCAAAUGCUCUGCUGGAAAAGAAAACCAUAUUGUCUCUGAAUUAACUUUCUUUUCCAAUAUCUCUAUCACACUGCUAUACAGCACAACAUUUAUCAUGAUGUACAUGUACUAGGCCUCACUCUCUCUUCCCUACGAUUUGCCACCUCAGUCCCUUUUAUGCGACUCUGCCCCCGUCUGGCCUCUUAGUUCAGUCGCUAGAGGUCGUGGAUUAGAUUUCCACGGAGGUUCGUGUGGCUCCCUGGUUGAUUCCCUUUACUAGGGUUAACGUUGCUUAGUCCCUAAGCCUCAUUAUUGGCGGCCGAUGGGUUUCGAGUAACGUGGUACGUUCGUCUCGCAUACGUCACCGAAAUACAUUGACCGAGAAGGUCUGGGAAGACGCCGUACCGGGAAUAGGCAAGGGUUAACGCUCAUUGUUGUUGUCGUUUUUUUUUCCUCAUCGCUAACUCUUCAAUUUCCUCUUCUGAGUAAAUUCUCUUCUUCAUGUCACCUGAAUAGCGACACCCUUUUAUUGCACUGUUCCUAUUCCUUUCUUGUAAGCUUCAUUUCUUGUACUAUCAACUCUUGUUUUUCUAUCUCUCUCUCUCGCCUGACUGGACAUAUCCUCUGUCAGUACAAUUAUGGAAGAAGAAGAUGAAAAUCCCUAUUCCAGUGAUACUUCUGGGCAGCUAAGCCCUGGGACUCAUACCCCAAGUCUAAAACUGGCUCAGGUACAAAACCCGGACUCAAAUCUGCUCUGGACGUGUUAUUUUCCUACUCCUGAGACCUUCCAUCAGUUUCUUCAAGAUCCUCCUGCAACGCCACCGACUGAACGAAAAUCUUCUCCAAAGUACGUUUUCUAUUUAAUUCUUCUUCUUCUUGAAGGUCUCUUACUACUAACUUCAUUCAUUUUUUUCUUGUUUCUUUGAUGUUUACCUGGAUGGUGGAUCCCUUUCUCGCUUUAACCCUUUACCUUAAGUCCCAAUAUCCACGUACAAAUUCUUUAGACUGACUUCGAUACUUUUCCUUAAGAAAUCAGCUGAGAGAAUUUGUUAACAGAUCAAAGCACUUUUCCGUUGAUGGUCAAUCAAUUAAUUCUCAUGUUAUUUCUCUUGUUCAUGUAUUAAUAUUGUUAGAAGAAGAUUGAUGUUGCGGCCACUCUUAGGACGUGAAGGGUUAAGAAUAACUUGUGUAACCACUAGUAAAUGCCCUUACAUUUCCCUGGCUUCAAGCCCAGCGCCUGUUUUUUUUAAACCAAAGGUUAAAUCUUGCAUGUCUGCGAAACUUAACAAUUUCAUAGGCAGCAUGGUGUUCACUCUGGGGAAUAGCCUGAGAAAACAGCCGGCAUUUCGCGACGCCACCACUAGUUUCCCCGCUAAAUGACGUCUGAGAAACGAGCGCAGAAAUUCCAUACUGAUGACGUGUCACUACCCAGGUCUGAGUAGUGCUUCCGAUUGGUUGAAGAAAAUUUCUUUCGCGGCACAACCAAUCAGAAGCACUACACAGAUCUGGAUAGUGACGCAUCAUCAGUAUGGAAUUUCUACGUACAGUCGUUUUUCAGACGUGAUUUCGUGAGAAAACCAGUGGUGUUGUCGUGAAAUAUCGGCUGUUUUCUCAGGCUAGCUGUGGAAAAACCCUUUCUACUUUUCAAAAUAACUGGUGAAACAACUAGCAACUGCUCUUUCCUUUCCCUGGCUUCAACCCCAGACACCCGUUUUAAGACUGCUAUUGUAAACCAAGGUUAAAUCUUGUAUGUCUGCGAAACUUAACGAUUUCGUCUUCUUUAUACUUUACAAUAACGUCUUAAAAGUUUCUUAGAAUGACUGGAUGAGAAGUCUGUAUGUGAUGGUUUUCUUCCUUCGUUAUUGGGCUCCUCUUGCUGCUGUUCCACCUCCGAAUGUCUCCUUGUUCAGUUCUCUUUAUUUUCCAUGCUAUUUUGUGCUCUUCCUUCUCUUUUCUUCAUGCAUUGUGCGAAGACGCUUUCUUUUGUAUAUGCUUCGCUUAAUAUAUUGCUAUUCUCUAAAUUGUUUUUAGAUCAAAGAAAAGUAAAAAGCGACUCUCGCAGAAAGUUUUAAUCGAAAGCAGCGAGGUAGGAGAUGCUUUAGACCCACAAAGUGAAGAAGGCGACAAACCCAAGAGCUCUCGUAAGUUAGACAUUUAUUUUUUCUUUGUGCGAUAUAACGUGUCUUGAAAAUACAGGACGGCCAGUUGAUAGUCUAAAGGAGGCUUAAAUGGAGUGAAGUGUGAUUUCAUGUUACCAUGGAAGCAAAAUUUCUCGAUCCUCCAGAUCCAGAAUUUUUGCUAACAUGGCAACGUGACAGAACGACUUCUCCUCUAUAUUUACUUUAAACUUGGUAGAAGAGGGUAACCCACGUCCUUUUUCGACUGGAAGGAGGAAGCGAAGCUGCUUUGUUAUUUGGAAUUGACGUUGAAUUGUUUGGAAAUCGAGAUUUCAUUUAUUCUCCUCACCAAUUGCAAGAAAAUUUCAUUGAACAAAAAUAGUGCUUAAAAAAAUCGCAUUUUCGCGUUUUGUUGUUGUUUGUUUGUUAUCUAAAUAGCGUCAACAACAUGGAUUUUGCGAUUAAAAAGGACGUUGAUGUUUGGUUCGUAGAUGCAAUUAAGUAACCGAUUUCAGUUUUGACCGUGGCUAUUAAUGAUACGCUUACGAAGAUACUCUGUUUAAUAUCAUUAUUAUUUUUCAAACUUUCCUAGCAUCUCUAUCGAGAGUAGCUAAGGCCGCAGAAGACGAUGGAAGACCAAAAACAGUCCCAGCAGAAUUAAAGGUAGUUGCAAGAAAUUGUCUUUUGUUUAUUUAACUAUAGCGAUCUCUUUCCUUUAGUAGUCUGUCAGUGUUGCGAAUGCUUCCAUAAACACUUGACGUCGUAAAAGGAUUGCAAAAGGGCUGUACAAUGCCCAGAACACAAUUGUUAACAGUGGCUCCGUAACACUAAGAGACAUCCUCUUUUCAAUAGUCCAGUUUCGAAUUCGUUGCGGCCGCUGAAUAGAAGCACUAAACGCUCAUUUGUACAGGGUUAGCCUCGACACAAGGUAAAUAUAUUCACAAAUUCCAGUCAGAAGAAGACCUGUGUACAACUGUGUCUAUUGUUUUAAACUCAAAUUCAGGCACCUUCUCGCCUGUAUUUGUGAAUAUUUUACUUCAGGUCGAGACUAACCCUGUAUAAAUAAGUCAUCAGUGCUUCUAUUCAGUGGCCGCGACGAAUUUGAAACUGGACUAUUCGUCACUAUAGAAACAAGAAAGAAACCGGAUCGAUUAAGUUUCGCAAAGACUUUUGGGACUGUUCCUGGGGACAGUGGAAAAAAUUGGCCUGCAGCUGACCGGGAUGUCCCAAGUAACUAUCCCAGGAGUCUUUGCGCUAGUUAACUGGGCUCAGUUUCCUUUUCCUUUUUGAAGUGGCGAAUGGUAUGAGAAAGUUUGAAAGAUACGGAUCCGUAUUCUUUUGACCUGGUCCCAGUUGUUCAAAAGGUGGAUUGCGCUAUUCACCCGAUAAAUCUCUAACCACUUGGGUAGCCAAUAGGUUUCCCUAAUAUUUAUCCACUGGGUAGUGAUUUAUCUGGUGGAUAGCGUUAUCGGUACAUCCACCUUUUGAACAACUGGGUCCUGAUUUUGAAGCAGUUCGUAGCAAAAUGGUUGCUUUGAACAUUACGUCUGCACAAUGAAACUGCCUGUUUCUUUCAGGGAACGCUAAAGGACCAGGACAAACAGGGAGGAAGACAGAGAAGCGCUGGGUAAGACUGAGAUGUUUGUUAUAAAUAAAAAGUGUUGAGUUAUUAAACAUCAUUCUGUAUUUUCCUUUUAUAUCAUAUGAGUGAUAUGAUUAAUUGUAUUGCUUCAAAGGCCGACACUGAGGAAGGUCCCUGUCAGUUUGGUACAUAUUCCAUUAUUAACAUAAUAGGGUCUGUCUUCAUCCAGUAGCCGACCAUGCGGGUCAAUAACUUGCAAGGGUUUAGGAGAUAAGUAUUUUUUAGUUGUAUUUCUUCAAUUCUUUUUCAGAAAUCGCAAGUCAAGUGCAUCCAGACGGGAUACGAUGGGACCCAGAUACGACAAGAAAUACCUGGUGUUUGGCGAGAAGAUGGAGGAAGACAGGUAAGAACCAAAAAUCUCUGCUUCCAUAUGCUUAAAACAAUGUGGCUAUUAUAAUAAUAGCCACAAGUAUUGAAGGUCCAUUGGGGCUUUUUUAUCUGUUGCUUUUGUUACUCUUUCUCCCUUGAAUCAACGAUCAAUUUGAGAUUCUACUUCGAAUGAGGUUUGUUCAUCAUGGUAGAUAUUUCUUGAUCUGACAACUCGAUGCGUAAUAACAGACACCAGCAAGGUUUACAUCAGGUUAUAAGUUUUGAAAGCAUUGCAGCAGUUUUUGUGUGUAAUAUGUUCUUUUCCCUAUUUCUUGUUGUUGAAAGCUUCUCUUAUUUACUUAAUGUUAUUUUUAUGUUUUGGGACACUGUCACACAAGUAGCUUAGGGCACUAAAAAAAUAAUACGAAUAAGAUUUUUCAUAGCAUACAAGGGAUCUGUUAUCGUUCACUUAAUCGGUGUAUAAUAUUUAAGUGUUAUAACAGAGUUGUAUUUCUGAAGUGUUUUAACAGUGUUGUAUUUUUUGUACUAGGCACUUCAUGGCUCGAAUCAGGAACAUAUUAAGAGAAGGCUUAGAGGGAUUACUUGCCACAUCUGAGGUAAUUCUAUUUAUUUACACAUCUUAACAUGAUGAUGCUAAGAAGAUUUAUUCAAACAGCUCGGUCCGAAACUCAAGAGAUCCUGAAAAGACUCAGUACCUACAGACUGUAAGUUUUAAGCCUGGAAGAAACAAGAAUGCGUCGAGAAAAAUCCAAGAGAAAGGAUCUUUGUGGUAGAAUUUGAGUCUAGGCAUUAUUUGUUCUUCUGUCAAAUAGAGGAAUCAUGUCGGCAAACAUCCAGACACUUACCUGCGAUUAAGGCUUUAGCCAGCUGCAGUAGCCUGAGAAAACAGUCGACAUUUGGCGACGCCACCAACGGUUUCCCCGCGAAAUGACGUAUUAGAAACGAGCGCAGAAAUUCCACCCAGAUCUGGGUAGUGCUUCUGAUUGGUCGUGCCGCGUGGAAAAUUUGGAGAAGCACUACCCAGGUCUGGGUAGUGAAAAACCGUGGGUGGCGUGGCCAAAUGUCGGCUGUUUUCUCAGGCUACAGCUGCACAUUUCUUAUCUGUUUUUCUUUCAACAGAUGUAUUAUCGCCAAAAAGGUCAGCGGACUCCUACUCGCCCCCAGGCUAUCCAUGAUAAUUUUGACCUGUGUGCAGAGGCCUUAGUUCAGCGAUUGACGUCAUAUAAGACCCAGUCCGAAGAGUAUCAUAACUCCUGCAUUCAAGGUGAGUAAACGGGUUAUUUGUUAGCCUUUUCGAUGUCUAAAGCUCAAAGCCUGAUUCUCAGAUACUGCCAUUAGAUUAAUCUUGGGGUUCCAUGAUCUUUGCAUUACAGUUAACACCAGCUUAAAAGAACCUACAUUUUUGGAGGUCUUUUAUUUAGGGGUAGGUAUUGGCAAUUUAGACUAAGUAGGUUGUUAAUUUCCAUGAAUGAGAUCUAGUUGAUGACUACCAGAAAUAUAACCAAACUUUAGUUUGGUCCUGAAACAUUGCAGUGCAAGCUUUCUUUAUUCAUGGUCCAUGAAGACAAUUACAAUCUGUAAUUUUAUAACGUGUUUUCGUUGUAGGAAUUACAGCUUGAUUUUACUUGGCUAAACAGGUUCUUAUAUUUUUGGGUAUUAAAGUGUCAAAUUUCUGCCAGCGGGUUCUCAAACAACUAGGUUCUUAUAAGCAGGUGUUCACUGUAUUUGAACCACUCACCUCCUAACCUAGAUAUUUUUUUCAGCUUUGUGCUGACAUUUUGAACAAAGGGCUGAGUUGUUCAAAAGGUGUUGUUGUUCAAACCUCUAUCCACUGGAUCGAUAAUCACCUUUUGUUUUCGCAAUCAUCAUGACCUUUUAAGGAGUUUUUAAGAUAUUUUGAAAAGUCGAAAAUUGCAUGUGGACUUUCUCUUCUCUAAAGGUAUUCUUUUUCCUCUCAUCAAAUUUUGAAUUCCUUUGUCUGUGCACAUCACAGGUACGUUAUUAUAUUUAAUCUAAUUCAUUGAUUGCCUUGUUUGUUUGCAGAACUUCGCUCGCAGUUACAGAAAUUUUCUGUGAUGUUAGUUCACCUUCCACCGCUGGUUGUUCAGAUCAUAAUCACUGACCAACUGGGUGAAUUAGAGAAAGACAGAAAAACAUUAGAAAAUGACUAUCAGCUCAGAGUACAAGAAUUAGAGAAAAGAAAGGUAUUUAAAACUAUCAGUAUCAAGUAUUAAAAUAACUGUUAUACACACUUACACACCAGCCAAAACCGAAUGUUUUUAGGCUCGAUAACAACGAACUGCCAGUUUAUUAAAUGGCUCAACACCUCCAAGGGUUGGGAUUGGCCAAGGAAUAUGGAACCAAACAACAACAACAACAACAACAACAAAACCUUACCCUAUUUUAUUGCAGUCGUUAAAAAGUAAUUUACGAUCUAUUUAAAACCAAGUUUUGUGACAGACCAAGUAUGUGCAUGUCGUAAGGAGUAAAUGCAGUUUGCAUCCCAUACAGUAUGCUAUGCUGCAUCAGGAUUACCUAGCUUAUGAAUAAAGGCCAUCCAUUUGUCUAUUUCUCAGGAUAAAUGCCGCCUUUCGAAUUAGCGAAUCAAGUUACAAGGCUUUGUAACAUUUUCUUUUCUUUUCUCUCAUUUUGUUUUCUCUUUUCUAUUUCUUUUUAGAAUCAUCAUCAAUCUCAGCUGCGCCCUUCUCUGGGCCAUCCUCACAACCGAACAGAGAUGGACACCCUUUGCGCCAGUGAAGAAAGACGGAGACAAGAGGCCCUGGAUGGAGCUAAACAACAUGCAGAAGCGCUAGCGGUGCGUUACCAAAAUAACAUGUUUUAAUAGGCUUUGUGCAGCAACUAAAUCUUUAUGAACCUGGGCUUAAUCAGGGUAAUUCUACCUUGCAAAUACGGUCGCUUGUAUGGGGUCCUCAGCGACGAGGAGCAAUAAGAGGUCGCUGUUUUUGCAGGCUUGGCUAUUUCGUUUGAAACCAGUUUGACAUGCACUUUAGGCAAAUGUUAUCUUAGUUUGCUUUGAGGUAAAUUCGCGAAUACUCUAAUAUUCGAUGAUUAAUCACUUCUUGUUUUAAGGAAACCGAAUUUAAAUGCCCAAGUUAAUAAAACGGUAGAGUGUAUGCUCGCGGGCAUAACUAUGUUUUGGGCCCGACUCAAAGUCAUUUUGGCCCGAACCGCUAGACGAGGGUUAAAAUGAGCUCUGAGAAGGGCUUUUAACAUUGUGUGUCCAAGAGCAUAAACUCCAUUACUACCAUUAUUAUUUUGGAGGGCAUUGGGAAAAAUGACAACAAGACAGUCUGGCGUUUACAAGUUGAAUGGCUUUUAUUUUCUCUCAAUGAAAAAUGCACUUGUCUUCCUCAGCGGUCUAAAAUAAAUUGUUACCCGCCAAAUUCUCCAUUUUAACCCGCACGAUGCCCCAAAAUGCCCGAAAAAGUGAUAAUAAUAGACCUUAUCAUUCAUUCAAAAUAUUUCUCCGUUUCUGAUUGGCUCCAAUACCCCGGCUAAUUUUUUAUAACCAACUGGCGCUCACCAUAUUUGGAAGGCUGGGCAAGCAAUAUACCAUCGACUCGAUGGUGUAUUUUGAUUAGAAACGAGGUUGAUCGAUGGUACAUUUGACUCUUGGAAACGAGUCUGCUUGGGCAAUAGUGAACUAAAAAAAAUUGCAUUUACGGCUAUCCGUAGACGAAAUAGCUCAGUUCAUUUUCUGACUUAAAUUAGGGGAAAAAUGCACGAAUUGUGAAAACACGUUGCUCGAUGGAUGCUAUAUACUUCUUGAGGAGUAUCUGCAAGAUAAAACAUCUGUUUAUAUCCUGAAACAGUGCCGAUAAAUAGGCUAAAAGUUUGAAAGUCUACGAGGAGGUGAGGCCUUCAGCCUCGGUGUAUAACACCCUCCUCGAUCUGCAUAAUUCUUCACAUCCUAUUCAGCCUCAUUCAACAAUUGUUAAUUAAUUUUUCGUUAUUAUCAUCAUAUGGACAACAGUUAGAUGAUCAAAUAAAUGAAGUCUGAGACAGUAUACCAUUCAUCAAGAUUUAUAUUCUUAUCGGAUAUGAAUUAUAAACUUACCUGCUAGGGCUAAGGAGAUUGUUGUGUUUCGUUAGCCACUUGAACAACUCGCCAGUGAAAGCUUUGUGGCGCGUUUACAAAAGAGCAAUAGUUUACUCCCCUAGGAUUGGCCAGCUACACCAAAAUGGCGGCAUUUUAAUUGUUUACUUUAACUUUGAUAUGAAUGCGCGCGUAAAUGAAUGGUCUGCUUUCAGCAACAUGUCUCACUGUUGCUUGCUUAAUUUUCUCUUUAAAGUGUUUUCACCCUUACUCUCAGGCGCCUGUUCUACAAAACUCGAAUUUGACGCGUUAUUAUUGUUGACUUUGCUUUUUAGAAACUAGAAGCUCAGGUUGCAAGUUCGUUUAUCGAGAAGCUGGCUCAGACAUGUGAGACUAUGUUACUUCAGUUUGACGCAGUCCUCUCCUUGGAUGAUGUUGAAGUCGGAAGUAAGUGAUUUCACUUCAGUUUUUAUCUGUUUAGGACAGUUGUAUCUCAAACGGCAGGGAAAUAGUCCAGUUCCGAAUUUAAAAUUACCGCUGAAUACAAACAUUAACGACACAUUUAUACAGGGUUAGCCUCGACGUAGUCAGAAAUUCUAGCAAGUAAGUGUUUGAAAUUUGAAUAUACAGACACAAUACACAGUAAUAAACAUGUAUUUUUCUCGCUGGAAUUUGUGAAUAGUUUACUUCAGAUGGAGGCCAGGCGGCUAAGCCUGUAAAUAAUGCGUAUUCACUUCUUUAAUUCAGCGGUCAUAGCGAACUCCAAACUGGACUAUUGUCAACCUCACAAUGGGUUCAUCGAGAGAAGGAACCCCUGAGUGGCGUUUUGGGAGGUCAUAAGUACAAAUCCGGCCAGCACGGAAUUAAGAAUAGUGUGUGCCUUUUCAGAGUUACAGUUGCUAACUUAGUUCGAGAAAAUAAUAUGGGAUUAGCGAAGAUAGAGGAGGAAAAUGAUUUUGCGUGUAGCAUCGAAAGGCUGUUGAUUGAGUGUGGGUAAGUCUCCUCUAGCCUGCGAACGGUAGACGUUUCUCCUCGCUCAUCGCCGCCAAGGGACGUUUCACGAGGAGGAACGUCUGCGACUCAGCGACAGAAAUUCCAUACCGAUGACGUAAAUCAAUGUUUACAUAUUAAAUCCGGUAGUCAUGGGGUUCCAAAUGCAACUAGAAUUAAAGCGGAAUACAAGUGGAGCUUAUUCCCGCGCGUCCGGCGAUGUAGGUCACUUCAUGUAACAUUCAAAUAGGAGUGACUAGUUCAACCCCUGGGGUAGGCUUAACAUUUUAACCAUUUGAAUUCACAGAGGUUGAACCCAAACCAAAGAGUACCAAGAGACUGUUGAGAGAGAAAAUGACCGGUAGUGAGGACGACAAAGGUAAGAAUCAGAAAUUGACCCAAGAAAGAAGAAACCUGACAAGUCGUAAAUUUAUACAGAAUUGGAGCUCCCACAGAAUCCGACAGGCAGAAAGUCUACUUAUUAACUGAAGUUUUUAACUAUCUUUGUAAUUGUUUUCGCUAGUCAUAGCUAAAUAUACGGUGGAGUGACGGCGAUAAUGGGGCGUCGUUGUCCAGCCAUUUCAGACCACUUAAAUUCAAAUUUGCACGAGGGAGUGGGAGAGGGAAGGGGUUGGGUGCCCGGGGGAAUAGGGGCGGGAGAAGGGAGAUAAAGAGGGAAAUGAAUGAUUUUCCAGUAAUCGGAUACCCUUGUUUUGCGCACAGGAUUCUGGGACCGCCAGGGGGCAAACAUUGCGAGUCGCCACAAAGAAAUGUAUGGCGUGGAGCUGUUUCUCCGGUAAAAGCAGUGUCUUUGGACAGAGAAUGCAACAUUUUGCCGUGAUUUUAUGAGAAGCGGAGGUGACUAAUGUUGGUGCGAAGAAAUUGUAAGUUUUUGUGGGAUCAAUGCGAUGAAAUCUAUCGAUAAACACUGAUUCUUGCGAAAGGUCGACUGUGAAUUUACUGAAUGGUCUCGAAAUAUAUAGUACUAACUUAGGUAUAAAUGAGUGGGCAAUGCGGACUCAUUUAAGCCUUUCCAGUUGUACUUACAUGUGCUCAUAUUUACAACGAGUGUAAUUACGCUCCGCUGGGAGGCGAUCUCGAAGGUAAGCUUAUGUAUUGUCGAAUUUGAUAUGUAUUAAAUUUAAAAACAAAAACACCUUCCGCACAUUAGUAUAUUGAUUUCUUCUCGCCAAAAAAACACAAGCGAAAUGUUUUGUCAUGAUCCUGAGAACCGAUGAAUUCUAAUGCCUUUUGCAAUCAUUUGGAGGGAAGAUAUAGAAUCUCUGAAUUUCGCACAUCAACUUGGUGUUUAUUUUCACACUCACCGCUUUUGUAUCGGAAAUCUUACUCGUUUGUACGAUUUUUGCCUCAUCUACUAAUGGUUAAAUACCAUGUACUUUUCAUGAAAUAUUUUGUAGAUGUCACUUUGUUUAUACCAAAGUAAAGGAGGAUUUUUUAUUUUUAUGGCCACGUAAAUACCUAUGAUCGUUGCCUUGUCAUAACCCGCAAAGCGCCGCACAGCGCUGAUCGCGGUCGAGCGUAGUUACACUCGUCGUAAAUAUCACCACACGUAAUUAUAACUUAAACGCUUAAAUGAGCCAAUCCCCCUACACGUAUACCUAAAUUUGCACUAUAUAUUUCGAGACCUUUUCUUCGAAUUCUUCAUGUCUGUGUAAAUUCAGUGAACAUAAAUUUCACACUCAACCUCAAGGAGUGUUUAUCGAUAGAAUUUUUCGCAUUAAUCACACAGAAACUUGAAAUUUCAACACACCAACAUUAGUCACCUCCGUUUCUCAUAAAAUCAAGGCAAAAUGCGGCAUUCUAUGUCCAAAGACACUGCUUUUAACGCAGAAACAACACCACGCAAUACAUUUCUUUGUAGCGACUCGCAAUGUUUGCCCCCUGGCGAUCCCAGAAUCCUGUGCGCAAAACAUGGGUAUCCGAUUACUGGAAAAUCAUUCAUUACACAACAAUGUUUUUUACUUCGCAAUAGAAAAGGGGCUAAAGGGAGGAAGCCAAGAAAAAUUGGACUGGGAAUUCUAAGGGUUUAAAACCCCGUCUGCCCCCUCCGAGGGAGUGCAUGUGUCCGGUUUUAAUAAUUCGCCCAUCUGAAAUUCUUAUAACCUGAUUCUUUUAAAGUUGUUUUCGUUGUUGUUUUUCUGUAAUCUUCUAUCCCUAUUUCGUUUUUAGAUAAACUGGCACCAUUCCCGUCUGGAGGUACUGUUUGGGAGGGCUUACCAACUAACGAACUUGUCCUGGAGGAGUCUGUUGACAAGAAGAUUAAUAUCCUUUUGUGUAGUUCACAGUUUGCUUCUCCCCAGCUGAACAGACCGAACAUCUAAACAAGUUGUUAUUUAGAAGCACUUCUUCUAGUUUUCGGGUCUCUCGACCAAUGUUUUAUGAAAAACUUGAAUUAUGGCAUUGUUUAGGCCAAUACGUAUUUUAAAGUUCCACAAUCAUUGCUUGUUUUGUACAAAACUAGAACAGGGAUGGUGUUAAAUUAUCAGUGUUGGAAAGUUCCACAGUUAUGGCCUCGAUCUUUGUCCAAAAACACAGGAAAGAAAAGAAAGAUACCGUUUAAAUGGCGACUACCUAUCGACGCGUUACUUAAGAUCCAGCAACUGAUUUUCCUUAACUUUCAGCACGAACCCCCACCGUCAAAACCGUCAAGACAACACAAGGUCAUUUGGCAGUGAUCCAUUCACGGAACAAGGCUUAUGAUGUAAGGGAUAGUAGUACUUUUAUAAAAUCUUCUUCUUCUUCUUCUUUACUCAUCCUAAAAAAUUCUAAUCCUGAGUUACAGCUAAUCGUCAUCAGAGCCGCUCUAUGGGCCCUGAAAUGUACAAUCAUUUCUAUCAAUUUAACGUCGAAUUGUUAGGGCAGAAAAAGUUCUCUUUAACUUUCCCAGGAUUAACUUGUAAUUGACUAUAAACAUCUGUCAAAUCUUUUAGGAUUACAAAGAGAAGUUCGAGGCUAGAUUGAAGGCCAUUCGAGAAGCAAUGAAUGCACAAAUCCAGAAUGAAGAAAGAUGGACACGAAGCUGGAAGCGAUCAAUUAGCAAAAUCAAAGAACUUUAUUGAGACUGCAUUGUGAAAAAGUGAGAAAAGACAUGCUUUGGCUUUGUGUUACACCUGGGAUCCAAAGUUAACUCAAGUCCUUAAUCCUGGAUGUUUGUCUAACUUUUAUGUACAGUUUGGCUUGAGAUCACUCCACGCUUGCUGUUGUAAUGGAGUAAACAUUGGAUACUAAAAAAUGUAUAAAAUUAUUAUACCCAGCGCUUUUCUUUUGGCACUGAUGUAUUUGUAC